AUGACAGCCCUAAAAUUUACUGGAAAAAUCUAAGGAAAGGUAGUGUAAUAUCUGUUAGACUCCAUUUGUUACUCAGGACAAGCAUGUAGUGAGAAAAAUUUCCUGUUUACUAAACUCUCAGAUCAUGCAAGAAUUAGCUGUCAACUAAAUCUAUUAGGAGUUUAAAAUCAGAAGGAACAUAGGAUUAGCUGGAGUAUGAUGAAUGCUUAUAACCUUAAUUAAGAAGCAGCAUUAAAAUGUAAUGAUUUUAAACAUGUUACAACUAGGUAAGAUAUAAUCUAAGAAAGCGACAAGUAAUUAAAAAGAUUACCUCUUCGAGCUAAAGGAAAAUGAACGAUUGAAUUAUGAAAUUGCUUACAUUUUUUAAUCAACCAAACUCCAUGUAGGCCUUCCAAAAUACAAAAAGAAUGGCAACUCAUCAUUCUUCAAAAAAGGAAGUUGGCAUCUCUAGAUGCUUCAAGCAUGA